AUGGAGGAGAUGGGGAUCAUUCGCCACUCGGACAGUCCUUGGGCAUUGCUGCUGCACAUGGUACCCAAGUCCUCAGGAGGUUGGAGGCCCAGCGGGGACUACAGGAGACUUAAUGACGCCACGACCGCCGACAGAUAUCCGGUGCCCCACAUCCAGGACUUCACAGCCAACCUCCUCGGGGCGACCAUCUUUUCAAUAAUCGAACUGGUCCGAGCCCCAGGGGUCAACUACACGGUGCUGGCGCAGGCACAACAUGCGGACAUUGAGAUCCCAGCCUAUCGCACCGCUGUUUCGGGACUCUGGCUGGAGGACAUCCCUGUCGGCGUGACAGCGGUUCGGCUCCUGUGCAACACGUCAACUGGCAGACCUCGGCCCGUGAGAGGCGACAAGGAGAGUGAUACCAUGAACCUCAUCACACCCAGUGAGUUGAAGGUUGAGAAUUAUGGCAGUUUGGACAAUGAGGAUGAUGAAGGAGAUGAUGCUGAGGAUGAAACCUUUGUGGAGUUGCAGGAGAUCAACAUUGAAAGUAAAAGAAUAGCAUCAAGUGCAAAAGAAGAAGAGAAAGUUAACUUUUUCCAUGAUGGCAAAACCAGAGUUGAUUUUGUCCUUGUUUGGGAAGAGGAACUACCAAAGUACUGUGAGAAACCAAGAGCUGAAAAUACGAGAAGCAAUGGUAAAAAGACCCAGGAGUUGAAGUUAACAAAACAAAUGGAGAAGACCAUAAAAUGGAGAACGAAGUUUGUGAAGAACCUUGGGAAGAGUGGCCUGGUCAUGGAAACGUUCGAGAGGCGGAGUGAGAGCAGCGUGAUCCAUUACAUCUUGCUGAACGCUCCCUGGGAAGUACUGUGCUAUCAUGCAGAGAAUUUAUGUCUGCGCGUUCCACUGCAGCUAUCAGAAAGAUGUAGCUCCAAUUGGUCACAGAGACUCCUAUCAAAGCUGGGAAUCCGCAAUAUCAUGUACCAAGACGUUCCUAACACUCCACCGGAAUAUUACACCUGUCAGUUUAGACUCUCCAAAUUGGAAAGGUACUUAAACAGAAACAAUCAAGAGGACUUCUUCUCUAACACACAAAGGCAUGAAAUAGUUUAUCAAAUAUUAGAAAAGACUGUUUAUGGAGUUCAGCGAAAGUCCCAGAUUGGUAUUGAAACCUCUUAAGUGAGCAAGGUGUUCUCUGCUGCAUUCCCCCUUCAUGAUGGUCCAUACAACCCCCCAAUGAACGACAUGUGUCCUGAGAAUCUCAGCCGCCGGCAGAUAUUGUACGAAUACUGGGCUCGUUGGGGCAAAUGGUACAAAUACCAGCCUCUGGACCACAUCCGGAAAUACUUCGGAGAGAAGAUUGCCUUUUACUUUGCAUGGAUUGGGUUUUACACGGGGUGGUUGUUGCCAGCAGCAGUUGUUGGAACUUUGGUCCUCAUUGUUGGGUUCUUCAUGUUGAUAGAUGACAUUCCUUCAAAGGAAAUCUGUGAAGAAGGAUCCAACUACAUCAUGUGUCCACUCUGUAAGAUCUGCAAGUCCUGGAAGCUCUCCAGCAUCUGCAACACCUUUAAGUUGGGCCAACUCUUUGACAAUGGGGGCACCGUGUUCUUCAGUAUCUUCAUGUCACUCUGGGCAGUAACAUUCCUCGAGUACUGGAAGAGGAAGACUGCAGUUCUGGCCUAUAAAUGGGAAUGUUUUGACUUUGAAGAAACUGAGGAGCGCCCCAGGCCUGAGUUUACAGUCAUGGCUCCCAUGACUAUAAAGAACCCAAUCACAGGGGUAGAGGAACCCUAUUUUCCAGAGAAGAACAGGCUAAGACGUGUUUUCACAAGCUCUAUGGUGAUUCUGCUCCUGGUUAUGGUGGUGGUGAUCUUCUUGAUUUCCAUCAUCCUGUACCGCACUAUUGUUAGUAUUCUCAUGUUUGAGUCUGGAAACACCAUCAUCAUGGCAACAGCUUCAAGGAUUGCAAGUUUAACUGGAUCAGUCGUCAACCUAUUAGUCAUUCUCCUCAUGGCUCGAGUAUAUACACAUCUAGCCCAUUUCCUAACCAAAUGGGAAAUGCAUAGGACUCAGAGCAAGUACGAAGAUGCCUUUGUCAUCAAGGUGUUUGUUUUUCAGUUUGUCAACUUCUACUCCUCACCCAUCUACAUUGCUUUCUUCAAGGGCCGGUUUAUUGGUUAUCCUGGAGACUAUAAAACACUGUUUGGAAUCAGGAACGAAGCUUGUGGAGCUGGUGGCUGUCUGAUCGAACUGGCUCAGGAAUUACUUAUUAUCAUGGUUGGAAAACAACUCAUUAAUAACGUACAGGAGUUUGUUAUCCCGAAGUUGAAACAUUGGUGGCAGAAUCGGAAAUUGGAGAGCACGGUCAAAGAUGAGGCCAAUCCAGUGCUUCAGCCCUGGGAGAAGGAUUAUGGGCUGCUUGUCUGUGAAGGACUCUUUGAUGAGUAUCUUGAGAUGGUCCUCCAGUUUGGAUUCAUCACCAUCUUCGUGGCUGCCUGCCCACUGGCCCCUUUAUUUGCCCUUCUCAAUAACUGGGUAGAAAUCCGCCUGGAUGCCAGCAAGUUUGUCUGCGAGUACCGGCGGCCAGUCGUGAAGAAGGGACAGGGGAUCGGGAUUUGGUUCGACAUCCUGGAGACCAUCACCAAGAUAGCUGUAAUAAGUAACGCGUUUUUGAUAGCGUUCACAUCAGAUUUUCUGCCUCGUCUCUACUACCGCUACACUCGCCAAAUUGACCUAACUGGCUACAUUAACUUCACCUUGGCAUACUCUCCCCCCAGCUUCAUCCACCAGAACCACACCAUGUGCAGGUACAGGGAGUUCAGGGAUACCAGUGGCCACUUGACCCUAACGUAUUGGAACCUGAUGGCUAUUCGUUUUGGCUUUGUCAUUGUUUUUGAGCAUGUCGUGUUCUUCAUUGCACGAAUGAUCGACUUGCUUGUCCCAGAUGUGCCUGAAUCGGUAGAAAUAAAGAUGAAGAGGGAACAGUACAUGGCAAAGCAAGCCCUGGCUGAGAACCAGGCUCUCUUGAAACAAGUCAAAAGUCCGGUUGGAUUUCGCAAGCCAAGACCACAAGAAAGUGGGACUGCCACAGACCUACAGGAUUUGCUUCCCAUCCCAGAGGAUAAACAGCUUUAG